AUGUCAUCCCGUGACGAAUCAGCAUUUCCCCACAGGUAUUAUAAAAACACACCGGGUGACUCUACACUGAGAGUGUACCUGGUGCUGGACGAUAACGCUCCUGUGGGGCAGUAUGUCUGGAGCGCUGCUGGACAGUCAGACGAGUGGAGAAGAGGCACAGUUGAUGUCAACGACACUACACAGUUUAGGGUGAUCUUUGAGGCUUAUCAAGACGGCUUUAACCCUGCAGAUAUCGGGCUGGAUGACAUCGCAUUCCUUGAUCCUGAUGUUGACGACUGCUUGAGCAAUCCUUGCCAGAACGGCGGGUCCUGUGUGGACAUGCUUCACGCGUACAUAUGCCGGUGUUUCGGCGGCUGGACCGGAAUAAACUGUGACGAAAUCUACGGUGCUAUCGACUUUGAACGCGAGCUGCAGUUCUACGGUUAUCUACAGAGUACUGACGACGAUUUCGACUGGACAAUCGAGUCAGGAAACACUGCAUCAUCACUGACGGGACCGGACAGUGACCACACUACAGGAUAUGGUCAGUACGCUCAUAUAGAAGCCACGGGCCACACCGGUGGCCAGAAGGCCCGACUGUCGGGACCUAUCAUGCCCAUCACAAGCGGCACGUGUCUCCAGUUCUACUACCACAUGUACGGCCCCUCCAUGGGAACUCUGAACGUGUACACCCGACACAUCGGUCACGAGCUGGAUCAACCCGUCUGGAGCCUCAGCGGCGACCAGGGAAACGAGUGGAAGAUGGCAGAAGUGGAAAUAGUAGACAACAGAGCAUACGAGAUUGUGUUCGAAGGUGUCACGAAUGGUGCCCUGGGAGAUGCAGCGAUAGAUGACGUCACGGUUUACAACGGAGCUUGUCAGUCAGGAAGUGAGUACGAUGAUUGUGCGAGUAAUCCAUGUCGCAACGGUGGGACAUGCCAGGACGGAGUGAACAGCUACACGUGUCGGUGCCCACCAGGCUGGUACGGAACCCACUGUGAACUAGAUAAUGCGGCAUGUGGCAGCUACCCCUGUCAGAAUGGCGGCGUGUGCUCCGGUGGGAACUUCGAUAACUACGUCUGUACAUGCCGGCGGGGAUGGAGGGGAGACAACUGUGAUGUUGACGUCGACGAGUGCUCGUCGGGUUCAAGUCUCUAUUGUCAAAACGGAGCGACAUGCGAAAACAUCCAAGGGUCCUACACCUGUCACUGCGGAGCGGGGUGGAUUGGGAAUAACUGCGAAACGAACGCAUGCACGAAUAAUCCUUGCAGCAAUGGCGGAACGUGCCAGGUCUCCCAGAAUUCUGUGCAAGGAUUUCAGUGUCUCUGCCAGCCCGGAUUCGAUGGAUCGACUUGUAGCCACAUCUCGUUAACCCCAGCCCGACCCCCUGUCGUGUGUAAUCUGGAAGUGGACACCUGUGGCUGGGAGAACACGGUGGUCACCACUGAUGACCUGGACUGGUUCCGGACACAAGGCGGGAACUGUGGCUCUUCUGGACCUUCGCAAGACCACACUUCUGGACUCACAUCUGGUUCCUUUUUCUGCGUGGUGCCACCGAGAGGGAGCUUUGAGGAUAAAGUCGCCCAGCUCUGGAGCCCCUCAUACACCAGCAGUACCUUCACCAUCAAGACAUUCACCCUCUGGUACUACUCUACCAACGUCGACGUCCUGAACGUGUUCCUCGUCGUUGAUGAAGUUAUCGGAACGUUACUGUGGAGUGGAAGUUUUGCGAGGGACACGAGAGUAGCUCGGUGGAGAGAAGUUCAAGUCAAUGUUUCAGCGAGUCGGGAUUUCAGAAUCGCCAUUGAAGCUCACACGAGAGGCCGUUCAACCCCCAUCGCAUUGGACGACAUCACAAUCUCUGAUACAGGCGUGCCCUAUACACCGGGAGCGUCCACGCAGUCACACAGUAUCACAACAACCACAAGAAGGCCCACGCCUCCUAUGGAACCAACAGACCAGUCCGAUACAACGUUUCCAACACCAACAACGCCUAAACAGGAAGAUACCGACAGUGGCGGCUCGUCCCCACUUGUUGGCAUCAUUGCGGGUGUCAGUGUAGGUGCUUUGGCCCUCAUAGCGGUCAUCAUAGGAAUCGUCUUCUACAUUCGAAGGAGAGGUGUUGCUGGUCAAGGAGGCGGUGGUCUGAGAGUGAAGGAGGACAUUGGUAUGAAAGAAAUCGGUAAAACUGGAACUGACUAUGUAGCAUUCGACGAAGCUGAGGCCGAAAAUGGUCAAGCGGGAAUAGACAAUCCUCUGUAUAUUGACCACCCGCUUUUCAGUGGUUUAAAGGGAACAAAAGGUAACGAGACGGAUACGUAACUAAUGUGUCUCCAAGCGGCUUUAGAUAGAAAUUAGUUGUUCAAUGACCGAUCAAUUUCCACAGAUACAAGACACGUUACAGAUAUCGCUAUAUCUUGUAUGUACAUUUUAUGGAAGCCAACACACUGCCCUUGACCUUGUAGGUAUCUCCUCAUGUCUUGUCAUUGUCAUGUCCUUUUGCUGUGGAAUGAAAGAAAACAAAACACUCGUCUGGGUUCCUGACAAAGCAAAUAUAAAUCAACAGAAAUUACAUUUCUACUACCUCAUAUCUUCGAAUGAUAUAAAUAUAUAAAGGUGGUUGCUACUUUCUGGAAAUGAAAUUAGAAUUUUUUUUGGGGGGGGGGGGGGGCACUUGGCACCGGGCUGUGUAAUAAAUCAUUAAGUUCAGGCUUCCGAUCUUGCAUGAUCUCCGCGUGUCAGAUGGUGUAGAUGUUCCUAAACAAUGGCAAAUGCAACUGUUACUAAUACACGUAU